GGAGCCAUUAUACUGGGAAUUGGAAUCUGGGCUAUAUUCCAACAAAUUUUCAUAUCAAAUAUUAUAGGGAGAUCUCUGAUCAACUCUGCAUCCUACAUCAUGUUGGUAGUAGGAGCGUGUAUUAUAGUGACAACAUUUAUUGGAUUUGGUGGCGCAGUGGUCAGCAACAAAUGCAUGGUUACCGCGUUUGUAGCAGUGAUUGGGUUGAUGUUUGUGCUCCAUUUUGGAGCCGCCAUUUCGGCUGCUGUCUUAAGGGAAAAUGUUGAAGACAACAUUAAAGAGGACAUGAAGUAUAGCAUCAUAACUCAGUACGGCAACAAUCUUCAUAUAGACGAUAGUAACAAGGAUAUAACAGAGUCCUGGGAUAUGUUGCAACAACGGUUGCGAUGCUGCGCUGUCAAUGAUGAGGGCUGGGGUCUGUACCAGGAGUCCAACUGGUUCUACGAGCAUUCUUAUAUUCAAAGUGCGCAUGUAUAA